AUGACAGUACCUAUUAAUAUGGCAUUAAAACGAAUUAGCAAAGAAUUGCAAGAUUUAAAAGUUGAUCCUCCUACUAAUUGUAGUGCUGGACCAGUUAAAGAUGACAUGUUUCAUUGGCAAGCAACAAUAAUGGGUCCAGGUGAAUCUCCAUUUCAAGGCGGUGUUUUCUUUUUAUCAAUUCAUUUUCCUACGGAUUAUCCUUUUAAACCACCUAAAAUAACAUUUACAACAAAAAUUUAUCAUCCAAAUAUAAAUUCAAAUGGUGCAAUCUGUUUGGAUAUAUUACGCUCAAAUUGGUCACCCGCACUUACUAUCUCAAAAGUUCUAUUAUCAAUAUGUUCGUUAUUGAAUGAUCCAAAUCCAGAUGAUCCACUUGUUCCAGAUAUUGCACGAACAUACAAAACAGAUCGAGAUUCAUAUAAUCAACAAGCUAAAAUGUGGACACAAAAGUAUGCCAUGUAA